AUGGUUCCAAUGGAGUGCAAGCUGACGCAUUACGGAGGGGAAUAUCUGGGGAAAAAGACCGUGUCCAGGUCUGGGAACCCAUGCCUACCAUGGCUAAGCCGAGUUUCAAGUGACAACCAAUAUGACAAUGUUCUACCGGCCUUCUCGGAUUCCCUGGACAGCAGGCACAAUUUUUGCCGCAAUCCAGAUGGAGCUAUCCCCUCACCAUGGUGUUGGACUACCACACAUGGCAAAGAUCCCCAAAUGGAGGAAUGUGACAUCCCCUUUUGCUUUGAGCUCCUCCUGGAAUAUCCAAGCAACUCUCCGCCGGAGUGCAAGUUGACUGUGAGUGGUGGGGAAUAUGCAGGGAGGAAGAACGAGACGAAUUGGGGGCUACCAUGUCAAAGUUGGAACAUCUCUGGGAACCACGGUUUCAUUGAGGAGAUGAACAGAUGGGCUGCAUUCUCAGACAACGCACUAGAGGAUGGUCACAAUUUUUGCCGGGGAAAGACACUCAAUGAAAGGUGUACCGAUCACUGGGUCCCGGCUGAUCUGCCCAUCGUACUCGCUUUUCCUUCGGCACUUGGUUUACCCUCGGGGCACGAGACGAAGGCAUUACUCGCGGCAAGUCGGGCACUGGCCCACGACUUCUCAAUGCGUAUCCUUCCUGACCUUGACCUUGUCCCACUGUCCUUCCUACGAUAUCUCUGGGCCCACAUGAAUCAGUUGGGUUGUCUCCUAACUCCCCUACAUCAGCUUCAUCCCCUGGUACCAAUGAGUUUGUAA